UAAACCAAUGAGCUUAAACAAGAACCUUCAUUUCAAAUCUUCUCCUUCAACUCAAACCUCGAGGUAUUUUUCAUUCUCCAUGAUCACCACCAUGACCAUUCAUGAAGAGCAUGAACCAAGUCUUUAUGAUCACAGUGAUGAUCACAUCCUAGAUUGGUUAGAGGAUACAAUUCCAUUCCUACCAUCUUUCUUUGAUGAUCCAAAUUACAAUACCACGACUAUUACUAAUUCCACCACUAUUGUUAGUGAUAUCACUGAGGAAUUCCAAUGGUGGGACGACCAAGAUCUAAUUAUUGAUCCUAACCUUGAUCUCAUCAACCCAACAACCACCACUCCUACAACCCCCACCACACCUACAACACCCACUACCACCACCAAUCUAGUUCCACCAUCCCAAUCCAAGAAACGGAAACCGGCGGAUGUGAACCUCGAGGUGAAAAAUCUACGUCCGCCGAAGAAAAAGUCUACUGUCAAACCGACAGGGAAUAACUAUAAUAACUGUAAUAACAGUAAAGAAGGAAGGUGGGCUGAACAACUACUCCUUCCUUGUGGUGUAGCCAUUAGUACUGGAAACCUUACAAGGGUGCAACACCUUCUUUAUGUUCUUCAUGAACUUGCAUCGUCGUCGGGUGACGCAAAUCAUCGUCUAGCUAAUUACGGUCUUCGUGCUCUCACCCACCACCUCUCCUCGUCUACAACGACGGUGCGUCCCGCUUCGAGUAUAUUCGCAUCUACGGAGCCUCGUUUAUUUCAACGGUCGUUAUUAAAGUUCUACGAGGCAAGUCCAUGGUUUACGUUUGCGAACACCAUCUCAAAUUCUUCUAUUCUUCAAGUUCUAGCACAAGCUUCUAAAUCUUCGUCGAGAACGCUUCAUAUACUUGAUAUUGGUGUGUCUCAUGGGAUUCAAUGGCCAACUUUGCUGGAAGCUUUGAGUCGUCGGUCUAAUGGACCUACUCCACUUGUCCGUAUCACGGUGGUCAAUUCAUUGAGUUCUGAUUGUUCUUAUACUGUAUCUCCGUUCUCAGUAGGUCCACCAGGUGAUGAUUACACAACUCGACUUCGUAGAUUUGCUAAGUCAAUCAAUAUAGAUCUCGAAAUCGAACAACUCAAUACUCAUCCUUUACAAAUCUUAACACCCGAAAUGAUUACCACUUCUCCAUCCGAAACUCUAAUUGUUUGUACGCAGUUCAGACUCCACAACUUGAACCAUAACACCCCAAAUGAUGAAAGAACAGAAUUCUUGCAAUUUCUUGCGAAGUUAAAACCUAGUGCUGUAAUUCUUAGCGAAAACGAUAUCGCUUGUAGCUGUACUCAGUGCGGAAAUUUCUCGAUAGGGUUUACCAGAAAAGUCGAGUACUUAUGGAGGUUUUUGGAGUCAACAAGUUGUGCAUUUAAAGGAAGAGAUUGUGAAGAAAGGAAGGUAUUUGAAGGGGAAGCAAGUAAAGCAAUAAUGAGCGAGAUGGAAAUGAAUGAUGGAAGAGAGAAAUGGUGUGAGAAAAUGAGAGAAGUUGGGUUUGUCAGUGAAGGUUUUGGUGAAGAUGUUAUUGAUGGUGGUAAAUCUUUGUUGAGGAAAUAUGAUUCAAAUUGGGAGAUGAAAGUUGAUGAGAAAGAUGGAUGUGCCUAUUUGUUGUGGAAAGGUGAACGUGUUUCUUUUUGUUCAUUGUGGAAGUUAAAUUAGUUAUCGUAGAGAAAAGUUACUUUUUAUCUUUUACAUGUUGUGCUAGCUCUAGAGAUCGAUUGAAAAAAAUGAGAUCUUAAACAACCGGGUGCAAAAGUUUAAGAUUUCAUUACACAAUUGUUCAAAAAAUAUCUGUAUGGGUGGUGAUAUAGCAGAACGUAGUGUUAUUUGAGAUUUAGUGAGCUUAGUAAAUUUAAUUAUCAAUCUAGCUUCUAAUUGUGAUUCUCAACUUUCAUGUAAAAUAUCUGUAUGGGAGUAGAAAUUAUCCCACUUUCUGAUA